AUGGCCGCAGAAUUUUCCCGGUCGGCGAUAGCUCGACAUUCAGACUUUACUACCAGUUCUGAGGAACGAGGCCACUUUUCGUUGGUAGAGAAAGGAGCUGGCGGACGCACGAGACACGUUCGAGGGAGCCUAGUAGCGCAAUUCGCGGCCAACGACCCAAAGGCAUUCGCGGAUGCAUGCGAAUUGAUACAUCCUCACGUUGAUGGGGUAGAUCUUAACUGCGGUUGCCCACAACCGUGGGCCUACUCUGAACACGUUGGGUCUUGGUUACUUCGGCAACCUGAGCGAGUCCGGGAUCUAGUUCGGGCUGCUAAGGAUAGGUUGGGAUGGGAUUAUUCUGUGUCCAUCAAAGUUCGUGUGGAUUCGGAUCUCAAACGAACCCAACAGCUUAUGGAGACUGCUGUCCAUGCAGGGGCAAGCUAUAUUACUGUUCACGGUCGUACCAGACAACAGGCAUCCACAGUCCCAGUAAACCUACCAGCCAUAUCUUUCGCUCGUGAAUGCGUCAAAGGGGAUCUUCCUGUUGUCGCAAAUGGGGAUGCAUGGAGUAAUGUGGAAAACGAAAUAAUUAGGCGCGAGACGGGAUGCGAGUCGGUGAUGUCUGCAAGGGGACUUCUUGCCAACCCAGCGCUGUUCUCUGGAUAUGAGUUGACACCAUCGUCGGCGAUUCAACAAUUUGUUAAACUGGGGACCGACUACGGACUAAUCUUCGCACUUUUCCACCGACAUGUUGCCUAUAUGCUCGAGUCUCGUUUCCCGUCUAAAUCUGAGCGAACAUUGUUUUCUUCCCUCACCUCCCACGCUAGCAUCGUUGACUACCUGGAAUCUCGAGGAAUCUUAUGCACCUAA